AGAAGUAUUUCAACUUUAUCAAUCAUCAGAACCUAACAUACCCCGUUAAUAAUUAUAAUUUUUAUAUAUUUAAUAUGGAAGAACAAAAAUUUAUUAAAGAAGAAAUAUAUACACACGAUGGUUUUGCGUGGGGUAUGAGUAUUAAACAAGAAAUGAAAGACGAGAUAUUUACAUCAACUUUUCAAAAUUUAAUUGAUGAAAGUAUGCAUCCUAUAAAACAAGAAAUUGAUGAUGAUCUAAAUACAAAUAAAGCGAUGGAAGAAUAUACGAUUAAAGUUAAAAAAGAGAAGAGUAGUCCCCGUAUCGUUAAUAUACAAAAUAUUGGAAACAAAUUUAAAUAUCUAAAAGUGAAAUAUGGAAUUCGACCUAAAUCAAAAGAACGGUUGGAAAAUGGAAAACGUGUAAAUUUAAAUACUAUUGCGGGGAUUAUUGUAUGUAAAUAUUGUGGAAAUUUAUACACAAAACGAAAAGAGUACCUUUGCCACUUUUCUACAAAUCAUUUUAAAAAAUUGAAGAAAAUAAUAUAUAAAGCGAAAUUUCACUCUAAAACAAGUUGCAUAAAAAAUGAAGUGGCUGACCAAACUAUUCUCAGAAAUAUUGAUCAAGAUGCGGAAAAUAAAACUGAAAUAGUUGAACAUGAUUUGAAAACAGAAUUGCCAGAUAAUAGGGUUACAGAUAAUUUGCCCGCUCACAAAGUAAAGAAGCCAUGCAAGUGUGAAAUUUGUUCUAAAACUUUUGCAAAUAAAAAAAGUUUAAAAUCACAUAUCCGUCGACAUAUUGGAGAGAAGCCAUUCAAAUGUGACAUUUGCACGGAGUCAUUUAUACAUAAAUGCCAUUUAAAUUCACAUUUGCGUAAACACACCGGAGAGAAGCCAUUCAAAUGUGACAUUUGCAUGAAAUCAUUUCCAUGGAAAACGAGCUUAAACAGGCAUAGGUACAUCCACACAGAAGAAAAGCCAUUCAAGUGUGAAAUUUGUCCGGAAACUUUUUCACGGAAAUCUUGUUUAAAUUCACACAUUUAUAGUCAUACAGGCGAAAAGCCAUUCAAAUGCGACGUGUGUUUGAAAACAUUUUCAUGGAAAACGAGCUUAAACAAACAUAGGCGUUUCCACACAGAAGAAAAACCAUUCAAGUGUGAAAUUUGUCCGGAAACUUUUCUAAUGAAAGCUUAUUUAAAUUCACAUAUCUAUAAUCAUGCAGGUGAAAAACCAUUCAAAUGUGACAUUUGUUUGAAAACAUUUUCGUGGAAAACCAGUUUAAACAGACAUUUGCGUAAGCAUACAAAUCCAAAGCCAUUCAAAGGGUAGUUCAAAAACUUUUACACAGGUGAAUAGAGAAUCAAGUAUGGGAUUUUCUAUUACAGUAAAACGACCGUUUUAUAAAAGAGUCUUUAUUGGUGCAAAACAGCUUUACAUUGUACAAAAGAAUAUCUUAUAGUUUAUUUCAGUAAUGUAUAGAGUAAUAAAAUCUCAUUAGGUAUGCAAAGAGACCACAGAGUGACCCAACGAAUAUUUAAGCCACUUUUAUUUUAUGCAAUCGUGUACAUUUGAAAUAAUAAUUAUUAGAACAUCUUUUCGUUGGUGUAAAUGUCGCCAUUUUAUUGCUAAUCUUAUAAUACCGUGAACAGUGUUGCCAGAGCUAGUACAAUUUUAGUACAUUUUAGUGUAUUUUAUACGCUAGUACAUUUUUCCUUUCUUCGAAUACAUUUUCCCUGCGUUCGCAAAUAUAAAGUUAUUUUAUAUUUUCGUUUAAUAAAAUAAACUAGAAAUUGUACUAGAUUGUAACAAUAAUUAGAAAACAGAGCCAAGUUGAUUUAUAUUUAGAUCGUGAGAUUUUUGUACUGCAUUGCUAAUUUUAUCGGUAAACUUUAUAUAAAUUUUUCAUCCUUAAAAUAAUAAUUGACACAGUCUAUUUUUGGGAAAAAAAAAAUUAAUUCAAACCUAUGUUUAUACAUCUUUCUAUAAUUUUAUUAAAUUUGUUUGAAGUUGGUACAAUCUAGUACAUUUUCUAGUUCAAUUUUUACAUUCAGCUUUUAAAUUGUGGCAACACUGACCGUGAACACUAUUUACGGUUUAACAGUAAAUACAAAUAAAGGUCUAAAAAUUUUGGAUAAAGUACCAUUGCCCUAAUGGUGAAUGGUUAAGCUGAAUCUGAAAUAGGGUUGGAAUUAAUUAGAGGCACUAAUAGAAGGUUAAACGUUACCUGUUAAACGCAAAACGUACCUGUAUAAUCUACUACCUAAGUAAUCCCUCCACAAUAUUUCAAGACCUACACCUAAUCUGAGCCAAACUGGACGGAAUUCCCCAUUUUAUUGCUCCAUACAUUUCUGAAAUAGACUAUAGACAAAAAGGACUUGUCAAUUGUUCUACAUAACCCAACAAUCUGUUUUCUAACAUGAGUAGUAAAUAUACAUAAAUCUGGUCUGUUCACUAAAUAAGAAUUGCCUUAAGAACAGCAUUAGCAACACGCCCCCUUUAUUUAGGUACAUAAAAAUUUUGAAAUUAUUUAAAAAUUAACACCUUGAAAGGUUUUACCUUAAUGAAAGCUUGUAAUUCAUUUAAUUUAUCAAUUUCAAAAACUUAACAUAUAAAAUAUAAACUUAAACGUUUAUUUAACUCAACGUUAAGUGUACCUUGAAAAUAUUUCAGGUUUGACGCUGUUAAUGGUUUAGUAGAUUUAUCAGCGGUUUGCUCUGUUAUUAUAAUUAUUACAUUUACCUAUAAAAUGUUGCUUCUCAUCUGUAUGCUCGGUUUCUAACAAUUUUUAUUCAGGAUUCAUUAUCCUAGAAUAUUAGCACAAGAAAAGCAUUUUUGUUCAAUAUUUCAGACAAUAACUAUCCAAUGAAGAGAAUUUCAAAAAUACAAUUCAACACUACUACGAAAAACUGUUGCAGUUGCUUGUUUCUUCGAUUUCGAAAAGAUGAAAUUAUUAAAAAUUUUGAUACUAUUACCAGAAACGUUUUUUCUGUCGUUUAUAUCACAAGUCUGAACUUUUUCAUACUUCAGACCAAAAUUAUCUGUUAAUUUUAACACUUUUGAAAUCUACUGAAACAGUAGGUUGGAUAGCUAAGGUCUGGUUCUCAACAUAAUAAACAUUAUAAGGGUUUGGGGCCAAAAAUUCGCACAAACUGUUUUAAUUUAAUUCUUAACUUCACUAUAAUUACACACAUUUUAUAUAAAUGAAUCAGCAUCCAGUCUGCUCGCUUUCCUAAGUGGUUUUUGUUUUUAUAUAAAUGUGGCAUGAAAUUAUUUAAUGCUGGCGUUUGCCGGAGUGUGCUCAAAAUUCUCUUUGUUAAUUCUUCUUGUAUAGUGUUGUUUCCAUACUUUCAGAAUUUACGUUUCGUUCUAAAUUUCGCCAAAAACGUUCAAUUAGCCUCAGUUGAUAAACAAUUGGACCAUUCCUAGACUAGUCAGGAACGGAAUAUUCAACUAUGUAAAAGCUCCAACCAUGUUCUUUUGCACAAUGGGCAGCUUUUUCUUUAAAAAUUGCAUUAAUCUAGACCUAACAAUCUUUUUUUCGUAUAUUUUGGCGGUUACACAAUUUCCAGAGCAACCACGAGAAGAUAUCGCCAAACAUACCAAUACUUUCGAAUUAAACAUUCCGUAUCUUUUGAAUUUAUUUCCUCACCUCUCUGUCUAUAAUAAAUCUUAUUAUUCGUCGUUUCACUCUUGUCGAUAAUGAUUUCCAAACCUUUAUCGGGCGAAAACUCGUUGCUGUGACUUUUAAAUUUUGAUUUUUGUUCAAUUUGUUGCUUCUCAGAAAAUUUGGGAACUGAUUUUCUUGAUUUUUGAACUAUAAUCUGUUACAUUAGUAAGUUGCUGAUUCCCAGUGUUUGUCUGGCUAUUCCAAUUCUUACAAAGUACCGUAAACGAUUUUUUCAUAUCCUGAUUUUUUUCAUAAGGCUUUGCAGUUAUUUCACGUCGCUUUUUUCUUUUAAAUUUUCCACACUUGAAACUAAAAUU